AGCUGCUUCCAGUCUCUUUCUGUCAGCGGGAGCUGGAGGAGAGGUCAGUUCAGCAGCGCGCUCCUGAAGCGACGAACCCGAAGAGCAUUUCCUGGAGAGCAUUUCUUUUCUUUCUUUCUUUUUUCUUUUUUUCACACCACCAUUUCACCGAGAAUUAACAAAAAAAAAAAAAAAGAGCUUUUGUUCUCUGUGUGUCUGGUGCAAUACUUCAGUAUGCUGAAGUUGGUUUGAGGAACUAUGUUUUGGGGAGAUUUUACGCGCAAGAGUCUCCAGAAGAUCUCCGCAUGCCCUUAGUGACUUAUAAAUAGCGUCGUCUCUCACUUGUGUAUUUUUUUUAUCAACAAAAACAUGUUUUCCUACGAGAUGUUGAUCUGCGCCCUGGCUAUCGCCUGUCUGCUGGAGAUCCCCCGAGGCACCGCGGCCGCGUCCUGCGAGGCCAUCCGCAUCCCCAUGUGCAGGUCCAUGCCGUGGAACAUGACCAAGAUGCCCAACCACCUCCAUCACAGCACGCAGGCCAACGCCGUGCUCGCCAUCGAGCAGUUCGAGGGGCUCCUGGGCACCCAGUGCAGCCCGGACCUGCUGUUCUUCCUGUGCGCCAUGUACGCGCCGAUAUGCACCAUCGACUUCCAGCACGACCCCAUCAAGCCCUGUAAGUCCGUGUGCGAGCGGGCCAAGCGCGGCUGCGAGCCGGUCAUGAAGAAGUACAAUCAUACCUGGCCGGAGAGUCUGGCCUGCGAGGAGCUGCCCGUCUACGACCGAGGAGUCUGCAUCUCACCUGAGGCCAUAGUCAAGGCGGAGGGGCCAGAUAAUCCUUACUAUCAAGACCCUUCAAAAUGUAACCCUGAAGGAAAUCCAGACUUCCCGAUGGAUUCGCAUAAUGCCAACUGCAAAGGAGCUAAUGAUCGGUGCAAAUGCAAGUCUGUGAGACUUGUUCAAAAGACGUAUUCGAAGAACAAUUACAAUUAUGUCAUCCGGGCAAGAGUGAAAGAGAUCAAGACUAGAAAUCAUGACCUGAGCGCCAUCGUGGAGGUCAAAGACGUCCUGAAGUCUUCUCUGGUCAACAUCCCUCGGGACACCGUCACUCUUUAUUAUAACUCUGGGUGUCUGUGUCCUCCGCUAACAGCCAAUGAGGAAUAUAUCAUCAUGGGUUAUGAAAAUGAGGAAAGGUCCAGACUGCUGCUCCUUGAUGGAUCCAUCGCACUAAAGUGGAAAGACAAAGUGGGCCGGAAAGUGAAGCGCUGGGACCAGCUUUUGCGUGAGGGCCGAGCAACCUCAAGCAAGAGCAACACGAAGCGGAGCCGCCACUAACUGUCCUUAGAAAAACCACACGGACAAGCCAAGGAGGAGGGGGAAUCAAAACUGAAAAAUUGCACUAUUGUACCUUUGUUUGUUUGUUUUUCGUUUUUGGCUGAGACAGUUUGUUUGCUUUAUGUUUUAUUGUUGAUAUAUUCUCAUAAACAAAAUGUUGCCUUUGCACAAACAAAAUGUUGGUUUGACAUUGCUGUGUUUACUUGUUGGGAAAGGGUAGCGAGUGUCGGGCAGCGUUUGCCCAUCAAAGACAGAAGGAAUGACCGGGAGGGAGGAGUAUUUUUCUAGCGGCGUUGAGGUGGAGAGCCACGGAGAUGCCAGUUUGCUUUGACAUGACGCAGCACUCCAUUGAGCUCUCUGCGUACAAAAGCAACAAACGCGCCCUCAACACAAACUGCAGCUGCGCUGAAUUUCCCCCUCAGGAGGUUUAAACGUUCUUCUGAAGAACAAUGAACAGUGUGGGGAGAGAGAGAGAAUCCUUUGGCAGAAGCACAGAGAUGUCGAGAUGAUCCAAAACUAGGAGUGUAACAUUAUCACGGACGACGAAAACAAGCUGUUGGGCUUUCUGAAUGAUGUUCAUUUAAAAAAAAAAAAAAAAAAAAAAAGCUUUUUACAUGAUUAUUUCUGUUUUUUGUUUUCUCGUAGAUAUGCUUGAACUUAAGUGUCAUUCCUGGGAAGAAGUUGGAUUUGCAAGUGUCAUGCAAUUAAAAUGGCUAUUGUUGUACAAACAGUACAUAAUGAUUCAGAAUCCACCGUGAAUCCAUUAUCAGUCUAUAACUCGGUUUACAUCUAGCUGAAGAUAUGACCAUUAAUAUAUGCAUUGUUAAUGACAUCAGUUAAAAAGACAUUUUGUCUUCAAAGACAAACAAGAAUAUUUCUUCACUGUACUUUCCGUUCAAGUAAAGAUGUUUAAUCUUAA